AUGAAGUUUGUCGCCCUCAUAUCGGGAGGCAAGGACCUGUUCUAUAAUCUCCAUCACUGUCUCACCCAGGGCCAUGAGCUAGCUGCCCUCGCCAAUUUGUACCCCGUCGAACGGGACGAAAUCGACCUGUUUAUGUUCCAAACGGUGGGCCACGACGUCAUCGACUUCUACCAAAACUGUCUAGAUGUGCCGCUUUAUAGGCAACCAAUUAAGGGAGGGUCUAAGAACCAAAACCUCGAGUACGAGAAGACUGCUGACGAUGAAAUUGAGGACUUAUAUUGCUUACUUCAACGAGUGCUUGAGGCUCAGCCUGAUGUCAAAGGCGUCAGCUGUGGGGCUAUUUUGAGUCAGUACCAGCGUACUCGAGUCGAACACGUAUGUAAACAGCUUGGCCUUACUCCGUUGGCUUAUCUCUGGCAACGUGACCAGCAGGAGCUUAUGGCGGAGAUGUGUGAACUGGGCCUCGAUGCCCGGUUAAUCAAAGUGGCCGCCAUCGGCUUGAAUACUGGUCAUUUGGGGAAGACUAUUCAGCAGAUGUACCCAGUGCUUCUAGGUUUGAAUCAAAGAUUUGACGUCCACAUUUGCGGCGAAGGCGGUGAGUUUGAGACUCUUGUGUUUGAUGCCUGCUACUUCAAAAAGCGCUUGGAAGUGGUCGAACAAGAGAUUAUUCUCUUAGAUAAUGAUGUGGCUUAUUUGAAAGUUAAAGUUGAAGUCAAAGACAAAGCUGAGUCUCUGCUUACCCUGGCAGUUGCGCCUCCCCUCCUCGAAGAGCCAUUCACUGACUUUGACACCACCACUACUGACUUGGAGGUGAAAGUGAUAGACAAACUGGAGGAUCUUAUCGAGUUAUCGCCUCUGGUUAAAGUUGAUGGUAACAGAGUGUAUGUGGGUAAUCUCACGUCACUGGCACCACUGGUUCUGAGUCAAUUGACGAAUAUCUUCAAUGACCUCACAUUAAUUCUCAAUAACCAUCAACUCACUCUGGAUGACAUUCAGUGUGUCACUUUGCUUUUACGCGAUAUGGCUGCAUUUGAAGAAGUGAAUGCAAUUUAUGUGAACUACUUUAUAAAGCCGUUACCGCCUCUGAGAAUUUGCAUCGCUACACAAAGACAACUGGCUGAGGUAUCGUUUUCGUGUACCAUCAUCAAGCAUCGUCAGGGCCCAAAACAAGGGGUACACAUUUUCUCCCGCCUGUUCUGGGCGCCGCUGAACAUUGGACCUUACUCACAAAGCAUUGUUGAUGUACAACCGACUUACCGCUACGCGCUGCUUUCAGGGCAGAUUCCCUUGAUCCCGGCGCUGAUGGACCUUGAGACCAAUGGCUGUGAAAGUGCGCUAUCACUUCAGCAUCUCCACCGGGUGCUCGCAAUUGUCAACACCACCAAUUAUGACCUGGUGAUUUGCUUCAUCACUGAUCCAGCGUUAAUGACGACUGCUCGUCAUCAUUGGCAGCAGUAUACGGAACACAUUGGCGAUGCUAGCGAUCAGCUCAUCAUUGUGUUAGUUGACCAGCUUCCUCGAGGAGCCCUGAUUGAGUGGGGCGGUACUAGCUACACUGAGAUCUCGCUGGGGAUUGACUAUGGCGACAGCGAUGACGAAGACGAUACGCCUAAGGCAUCGCCGCCAGGGUUCGACCAUGGACGCUUAGUGGCGUUUGGUGACCGCACCACCUUCACUGGGUUUACCAACGACGCCAGUGUUCUCAAUUCGGGGUUGGUGGUGGCCACCGCACCCAUCGCCAACAGCGCGUGGGAGGUGCUUCCUGUGUCAUGUAUUUGGGACGUCAACGGACGCGAGUGGCGGUAUGCCACCGUGGUGAGGACCCAGCAUUAG